GUCUGUUUCGUCACUCACACUUUCAAACAUGGAGUCAAUUUUCCACGAGAAACAGGAAGGCUCCCUGUGUGCGCAGCACUGCCUGAAUAACCUCCUGCAGGGCGAGUACUUCAGUCCGGUGGAGCUGUCGUCCAUCGCUCAACAGCUGGAUGAAGAAGAGCGCAUGAGGAUGGCAGAAGGAGGUGUUCAGAGUGAGGAGUACAGGAUCUUUCUGCAGCAACCGUCCGGGAACAUGGAUGACAGCGGCUUCUUCUCCAUUCAAGUGAUCAGUAAUGCUCUGGGUGUUUGGGGUUUGGAGAUUGUUCUGUUCAACAGUCGAGAAUACCAGGAGUUACGAAUCGAUCCCAUAAACGAGAAGGCGUUUAUAUGUAACUAUAAGGAGCAUUGGUUUACAGUGCGUAAACUGGGUCAGCAGUGGUUUAAUCUGAACUCGCUGUUAACCGGACCAGAACUCAUAUCAGACACGUACCUGGCAUUAUUCUUAGCACAACUACAGCAGGAAGGAUAUUCUAUAUUUGUGAUUAGUGGGAAUUUGCCGGACUGUGAAGCGGAUCAGAUUUUGCGGAUCAUGCGAGUAGAGCAGCAGCAGCGGCCGAAACUCAUCGGAGAAGAUGAGGCUCAGAGCUCAAGGCAGAGUACCAUGAAGGGGAGGCCACACAUGAAUACUGCACUACCCAUGUGUAUGUGUGUGUCUGGGGUGUCCGUGCAGCAGGUGUCAGACACUACACACACUACAGAUGUAGGGGUGCUGGACGAGGAUGAGGAGGAGUUGAGGAAGGCUCUGGCGCUCAGUAGACAGCACAUGGAGGUGGAAGAUGAAGAAGCAGAUCUGCGCAGAGCCAUUCAACUCAGCAUGCAGGGCAGUGCCAGUCCCAUCAGUGAGACAGCGGGCUCGUCACAUGACACGUCGAGCAUCAACACUCUGACUGCAGAAGAGCUGCGGCGCAGGAGACAGGCGUACUUUGACAGGCAACAGCUCCCUCAUUCGGCUGACAGUCACAGCGCUGGUGGAUUGAAGGACAGCGGGACCAAACCUGACCAGUGAUGAUGUCACGUGAUUGAACCUGUUGAAACUCUCUCUGAGUCUGAUGGACUUUAGUUGACCUUACGUUACCUCUGUCAGGGGGUGAGCUUUACAUUCCAACCACGUCUCAUAUCUCUCCUAUAGUGUUCAUCAGUAAUCUUUCAUUCCCUCAUGACGUGCGGUGGAACGACACACAGGAAGUGCCUCUCAUGAGGAGGAAGUUCUACAGCUGAUGUCACUUAGUUUGGGACCGUUGAGGGUUUUUAUAUUUGAUGUUCUCUCAUCUUCUCUGUGGACUGUAGUGAAUUCACCGUCUUAACCAGCGUUACUUUAUGUGGAUCUGAUGUUGUUUCGAAUCAGCUUCACUUUCUGAUCGACCAAUGAUGUAAAGUUGAACACUGGCCACAUUUAAAGGAAUAAACAGAGAACAUGUACACUUUUAUCUGCCCUCAAAACUCUUUUGUUUCAUUGUGUGUCUGUGUUCAUGAGGAACAGCAUGAAAAUAAGGGCUCACAGACUGUUUACAACAUAAUACUGCACUUGAAAUACAGUAAAUGAUGAGCAAUGAUCUCAAUAAAACAGAUGAGCACAUGAGAAGUCAAUCAAAUGAGUAUAUAAUAAUAAUUAUAUAUAUAUAUGAGUGUCAAGUGCACAUUUAGAAAUGUAUUUUCUAUAUUUUUUCAUGUGUCAUUCACUCGUUCACUGUUGUGAUUGUUUAUGAUUUUCAUUGAUUUAUGUUUGCUGGCAGAUCAGCAGCAGCUUUUUAAACUCAUUAGAUUCUUAGAGUGAUUUAUUCUUCCAUACAUCAAUUAUUCAACAUUUACUUUCACAGUUGUUGAUAUUUCUGUUAAAUAAAUGUUUGUUUUUCCCUCCA